UGGAGCGGCUGGAAGCUGUGCCACUGGGGGAGGGGGGCUCCCUCCAUCCCCAGGGAGCAGAGAAUGGCAGCAAAGGGCUUUACAGGUGCCCCCUUCGGCACUCAGACAGUCAGAUUUGAUGUGUCUGCAGUUUAUCCAAAGUGUAAGAAACCUGGUACAUACACACAGGCGCCCUACUGCAAAAAGGUCUCUUCGGAGUUGGGCAGAAAGUUGGGCCCAGGCACCUACAAUAUUGACCAUGGAAGCUUUAGCUCCUCUGUGCUGCAGGAGAAGGCUUCAAAUUCUGGCUGGGCCAAAGCACAGGAAGCGGCACGACUUACCCAGAUGCCCCAUUUUAAUUUUAAGGAGACGUUGAAGAAGAGCAAGUUUCUGAAAGAAAAACUGGGCCCAGGAACUUACAACAUCAAAGAUUUUCUGCAAGAGACCCGACCGUCAAGUAUUAGAGGUAUUUGUGACACUGGAGAAGAGAGGUUUAGAGACUUCAUUAGGGAUUGCCACCCUGGCCCUGGGACUUAUGGCAAGAAUGGAAACCCUUAUGCCCUGAUUGACGAGAAGGAGAGACGCUCGGCAAACUCUCAAGGGAUAAUGGACAGCAAAACCGAAAAAUUUGUCUUACCUACUGCUGCGGGAAGUGGUUUGGGGCCAGGCACCUAUAAUCUCAAAAACAGUACAGACGAGGUGUUGAAACGUGUGGUCAGUAAUCGCGGCCCAUAUGACACCUUCACAGGAGACAGGUCAAAGCCUAUUAUCUGCGGACAUUACGCUGUGGAAAAGAAAUGCAUCGAGCUCAGCCCCAGCAAUGUCAAGAGCUUUGUGGAGGAGCUGGACACCAAGGACAGAAAGAAAAAUGGUAUUUUCAGCACCCUCGCUCGGAACCCUGGCUGCCCCACGGAGCGGAUCUUCUGGGCCACACUCAGCCAGUGUCCACGUGCCACGUAUGCUGUAGGGCCAGGCUCACAUGAUCCAAAACCCGUGGAGCGAUCAGAAUACUUCAAUCAACCUCCAUUUUGGUCAUCUGCAAAAAGAGUUGACAGGAAAGCAUACCGCCUCUUUAUUGGAAACACGAACCCAGUUGGUGUUGGUCGCUAUGACAUCACAAAACAAGAAAAGUGCAAGUGGAAUACUAGAUACCGGUCACUUUACCAGUGUGAAACACACCGUUAUCUGAGUAACCUGGAGCGGGAUGUAUACUUACUACAGCGGAUCAACCCUGUUAAUAGAGGGCACUGGAACAAUUUGGUUUCUGCUGCAAGUGAUCCAGAUACCUCUGCACAAACUAUUACUGCUACUUAAAACUAAGUGCAUGCUGUAAAGCAGAAGACACUGUUAAAUAAAGAUUGGUUAUAAGAAGGAAAAUACUUGCAACAUAUAGUACAGCUGCACACAAGUCAAGAUAGUGUAAAACAACCUACAGUUUUGCUCUGCAAUAACACACUUAAAACCCACCAGCAAUCUUACUUUUUCUUUCUGUGAUUACAGUUAUUUUCACUUUUGGUUGUGUAUACAGGAUGUAAUUUAUGAAGAGGAUAUUUGGCAGAAUUUUAGAUAGGUACAUUUUCUUCCCCAAAAUAGAAGUGCUGGUGGGUAGCUCUUUGAAUAUUAAAUAUUUAUUUUUCCAUCAAACUGCUUCAUUCAAGAAAUUGCAUAUGUAUUUUUGUACCAUAAAUGCAAAGUUCUGUACAUUGCGCUGAUGGCUUUUGUUCUCACCUCAAGCAACAGAAUUGGCCAAAGUCAGUACAACUCAGGUGACGUUGCAUUCUCAAAGGAUGUCUGUUACAUGGAUUGAAAAAGGAGAGCACUUUCGUGGCCAAAACACCAGAUCUAGAUUUCAGUGACAUUACUCAGAAUCUGUGCAGUUUAAGUAGAUAAAGCAUACUUCAGAAGGUAAAGCUAAAAUCCUCUACUUUAUCAGUAAAAUAGAUUUUUACGUAGUAAACCUGCCAACACAAAGCAGUAGUUUUACACAGAUUAGAAGUGAAUAUAUAACAAUAUUUCAUUUUGUUUUGUUUUUUUCUGAAAAUAAAGAUACUUACCACUGCUUUACAGCAAAUAAAAUAUUAAAUAUUUCCCUGUUUUUCAUAAAAGGUAACAGACGGAGAAGCAACAUGACUGACCCAAGUCACACAACACAUCAGUUUCAGAAGGGAGACCAGAAGCCAAAACUCAUGCCUUCACACUCUAACUACCAGACUAGUUUGUAUGCUAUCAAUUGCAGACAUGUUAGAAAAGGGCUGGCUGUCAAAUCAAUAGGGAUAACUGCUAAUCCCUCCAAUUCAAAGCUCAUAGAUACGAAUCAUUGACAGGGAGAGGGGAGAUCAAUGGUUGUGUUUAACAUUUUUUGCUUGGUUUUUAUAGGUAACCAAUUGGUAGAAGUUGUACUGUGCUUCCCAACUCGUCUAGACUUUUCAUGUGCAAAUAGUUGCAUCUACCUGUCAUCCAGGCAUAUUGGUAGAGAUUGUUUGCGAAACACUUCAGCUGAAAGGUUUUACAUAAGCAUAAAAUAUGAUUUUGUUGUAUGACUGGCCUGUUCAGACAAGGCCUGCUGUGGAGCCAGUGGAUUAGGAGGAGCACAGUGGCAGUAGGACUAUGCUUAGCGAUAUCAUUGGGCACCUUAUAAAUUCCAUAAGAAGUUAAUCCUAGAGGCCAUGAAGAAGACCAAAAAGGUGGUUGUUGGUUGGUAAGUGAAAAUGAGUAUGGGUAGUUACUGGAGAAA